AUGGCAGCAGGUCCGGGCAAUGCGUCGUGGACGGCGGCGAUGAGCGUGGGCGCCGUGGAGGCGCUCAAGGACCAGGCCGGCCUCUGCCGCUGGAACUACGCGCUCAGGUCCAUUCACCGAGCUGCCAAGGGCAAGUCCAACGUCCGAGCCGGCGUCUCGCAGGGCAAGAAGCAGCUGCCUGCCUCUGCGGCCGCGGUGGCGGAGAAGGCCGAGGAGGGGCUGAGGACCGUGAUGUACCUCAGCUGCUGGGGUCCCAAUUAG